AAAUUCGCCUGGCGAAUGAAAAAAAUCUUGCCUGGCUAGAACAAAAAAAAGUCCAACAAACCCAAACUGAUGCAUUAUUAGAAGUUGAAGCCCAAAAAAUUUAUGAUAAGAUUAAUAAUCUUUCUUUUGACUUUAUUUUGAAAAAAGAUGAAAAAGGCGAACCGUUUGGUUCAGUGGGAUUCAAGGAAAUUUUAACUUCCUUAGAAAAGGUUGAAAUGACAAUGGCUACUACUAAAUUAAAUAAUUUUGAGAUUAAAAAAUUGGAAGAUAAAAAUCUUAAUCCUUAUUAUCUGAUUGUAAAUAAUGACAAUAGAGAUGAGGCUUAUUUUUGUUUUGAAAGAAUGGUAAAAGAGGGUUGGGAUAUUUUAA